AUUCUUUAACCCACAUAUGUAGCAUGUAUAUAAAUUGAACUACUUUGCUCUAAGAUGACCAAAGCCAACACAUAUUUUUUUACAAAAUGGCAUUGGCAAAAUCUCUUCUUCGCUUGUUUGUCAUAGUUCUUCUAGGAUUUUCAUGCAUAAUUGGCAUAAAUGCUGUCCCUACUACAAGAACAAAGAGUCUAAUGCAUGGAAAUCUUGCAAGUUUCCGAGCUUCAAGGAACUCUCACCUGGAUGCUGUAGAGGCAAUGCAAGACGGAAAUAUAUUAAAGGAAAGAAAGAUGCAGCAGACCAUCGAGCUUCAAGACUACCCUGGUUCAGGAGCUAACAACCGCCAUACUCCAAGGUCUAGAGAGUGUGUUGAUUGUUAGAGUUUGAUACCUCAAUAGACUACUCUUUAUAAUUAUUUCUACUAUGUGAUGCAUUAAUAAUUUAUUGUAGUAGUGAUUUUUGAUACCAUCAAUAUUAUUAUGUAUGGUACGGUGUUAGAUACUAGUAUAGUAUAUGUGUAUAUAUAUAUAUAUGAAGUGAUAUUAGGGAAAUGUUCUUACUUAUUAUCAGCAAAUAAUAAUUGUUGGUUGAGUCUAAAAAAUGACCUGUACUUUUGUAUUAAUUCUAAUUGUCAGGUUAAUCAGCGUAAGGUUAUGCUAGUUUGGUAUGAGAAGUUGUCUUCUUUA